GCCUCUUGUAUUCGCCUUAGUCGGUGGUCUUUCGACGCGACGGCUGGCAGCUUGUGUGAGCAGUAUGGUGUAUCAAUGACGUCUUAAUCAAGUUCCAGCUACUAUAAAGUUGUACGCUCAUAAUGAGCGGCCCACUCGGCAUACUUGAACCUUACUCCUUUCAAGAUCCAGAUUACGCAGAUUCAGCAUGUCUGCCGCUCCAAAACCGAAGCAUGUUAUUAUCGUCGGCGGCUCUCUUGCUGGGCUGAUGCAUGCCCUGACCCUCCUUACACACUGUCCGUCAGCCAGGGUGACAAUUCUCGAAAGAUCACCGACGGCUCUUCUACACAACCAGGGCGCUGGAGUAGUAGCUGGCUCUGAUACGCAAGCUUUCUUCUCCCGCUAUGUAUGUCCUGGCCACGAUUUCGCCGUGUCGAGCAGGCGGAGACAAUACCUUGAUCGUAGCGGCGAAGUCAUCAAGCAAAGUGUAGAGGACAGGGAACAACGAAUGACGAGCUGGGAUACACUAUACCGUUUCCUGAGAUGGAGAGUCGACGGCAUGGAUAUCGAGGAUUACGUUUCCGGCUCUGACCUCGAGGAUCUACAAGCCAGGCUUUCAGACCAUAGCCAUGGCAACGCUGACUAUCUGUAUGGAUGCAAGGUCCUAUCUGUUGAAGACAUGGGGCCAACGGAAGGCGUUCUCGUGUGCUGGACCAAUAAGUCCGGUGAGGAAGCGCAAGCAACAGCAGAUCUAGUGAUAGCUGCCGAUGGAGCGAACUCGUCGGUACGCAAGACGUUAUUGCCAUCCGUCGAACGUACCUACGCUGGAUACGUCGCAGUCAGAGGUACUGUACCGGAAGACGAGAUCUCAGAAUCUGCGACGGAGACUUUCAUCGAGAAGUUCACUUUCUUCCACACCGAGGGCACGCAAAUUCUGGCCUAUGUAAUCCCAGGAGACCAUGGCACGCUGGAGCCUGGUAAAAGAUUGGUCAAUUGGGUCUGGUACAGGAACUAUAUCGAUGACAGCGGAGAGCUCGCGGAUCUCAUGACAGGUAAAGAUGGGACACGCCAUCGUGUAACUCUACCCCCUGAUCAGAUGAAGAAUGAAGCCUGGGUCAAACAGAAACAGGACGCCAAAGACAUCUUGCCACCUCAAUUUGCUGAGCUGGUUGACAAAACGACACAUCCGUUUGUGCAAGCCAUCACUGAUAAUAUGUCCCCUACCAACCAGUGUUGUGGUGGAAGGUUGUACUUAGUGGGUGAUGCACUGGCGGGCUUCCGCCCUCAUACGGCGGCUUCGACAAAUCAGGCAGCGUUUGAUGCAUCAACGCUCGGCGAGUGGCUUAAAGGAAAGAUCGAUGGCAAGGCAUAUAACGACAGAAUCAUGCAUCAUGCUAUAGACGGUCAGAGACAUGGUGUCGAGCUUGGCGAGAGGAGUCAGUUUGGCAGGCAUCCUUUUGCUAGCUAGAACUACUAUUCUGUCUAACCACGCCACAAGCAAGAAGAAGGGAGAGAGAAUGAGACGAAAACGUGAUUUUCACCCAUCAUGUCAGCUGCAUUGGCUCAGGAAGGAUAGUGAUACAAUAUCUACUUGUAACAAAUGAAAUGGAGCAUCGAUGAU